AUGUCAGACUCAUCCUCACCACCACCACCACGUCGUCAUUGGAACGGCCCCGUCGGUGCACGCCACGAACAUCAAAAUGUAUGGAUGAACGGUGGCGUCCGAUCACUCGCUCCCUCAGCGCCAUGGUCAGGUUGGGACGCCGACAAGAAGCGUCGCGACUCCGAAUCAUCCACGGGGUCAACCGGAAGCAGGCGCUCCAGUGGCAGCGGGAAAACACUUUUCGAGACUCUAAACUCCCAGAAGAGAGGAAGUGUCUCGACCCCGGUUCAGGAACAGAGAAAUAAGAGCUAUGCAGAGAUGUCACCUGAGAAGGGAUUCUUUGCGAAGUGGUGGUAUGGGUAUACGACGGGGUCAAAGUGA